UCAUCAAAACACGAUGGAUUUUUCCGGCGUUUUCAGCAACGUGAAAAGUUAGUCAGUGUGGUGUACUUAAAGUUUGAAAAAAAAGAAAGAACUGGAGUGUAUCUGAAAAAUUUGAGAAAAUAGUUCAACUCUGUUUACUACCUAUAAUAAACUUCGCCAAUCUCUUGGCUGUAAGGUAGAGAGGAAGUUUGUAUAAGAUAUUUCCGAGUAGAGAUCGUCAUUCAACUACUCAUAUUUGUAAUAUUAAGUCAGGAUGGAUGAUCAAGUUUGUCCACGUUGUAAAACAACCAAGUAUCGGAAUCCAUCCUUGAAACUACUCGUCAAUGUCUGUGGUCAUUCAUUGUGUGAAAAUUGUGUAGAGCUUCUUUUCAUUAAAGGUUCAGGCAACUGUCCGCAAUGUAACAUACCGCUUAGGAAAACCAAUUUCCGUCUUCAGUUGUUCGAAGAUUCUGCUGUGGAGAAAGACAUAGACAUACGUAAAAGAAUUUUGAAAGAUUUCAACAAAAAAGAAGAGGAUUUCAGCAGUUUAGAUGAGUACAAUAACUAUUUAGAAGAAGUUGAAACAAUCAUCUAUAAUCUCUGUAAUAAUAUUGAUGUUUUAGAAACAAAUAAGAAAAUAGAACAGUAUAAAAAAGAAAAUAAAGAGUUCAUUUUGAAAAAUAAAAUAAAAUUAAGCAAAGAGGAGGCAGAAUUAGAAGAAUUGCUUGAAGAAGAAAAAGAAAUCAAACUUAUGAAACAGAAAGAACUCAAGCAGUUAGAACAGGAUGAAAAAAUGAAGAAAAUCCAACAGAAAGAAGCCUUGAUUGAUGAACUGAUGUUCUCAGAUACUAAUGCCAAGAAUAUCAUCGACACAUUCAAGCAAUCAGCUCUCAGUGAUUCAACAAAAACAGCGGAAUCAUCUAAAGCUGCAGCCGCAAAAAUUACCAAGUUCUCCUCCGGCGUAAAAGUUUUUCAAAAGAAUCAACAAUCCUUCUUACCAGUUCCAAAGGUAGAGGAGGGGCCACUGUAUUCUUACAAGCCUUUAGAAGUUUUUUACAAUGGUCCCACUCCGCCUUCAUGGGCAGACCUCCAAAGGCUAGGAUACUUAAAUAAUGUGACGGAAGCAUCUUUAGAGGAACAUGCCAGUGGUUACACAAUUGAUCUAUUCUGCAUGAAAGCCUUGCAAGAAGCUUUUAGUGGUUUGUUUUAUGUACCAAAUAAAAAAACUGAAUAAGGUAUUCGUAACUUCUCAACUGCCCUGUUUAUUACCGGUUAAUUACUGUUGUUCCUUAGCCCUCUGGCACAAAACAAAGCAAAUAACUCGCCUCAAAUUCAUUGAAAUGUUCUUUAUAGAGAUUACUCAUGCUGAAGAUGGACACCCUUUACGCCCAAGGUCCAUUCAAGAGUUAUUUACUUCAUCUCACAUUUUGAUUUUAUCGCAGCAGUGAGCUGUUUAAUAUUUCUCCUUUUUUACAUUAUCCUAACAUGAAAGUUCAAAUACUAUAAAUUAUUUUAAGGGUUUUUUUCUGAGAGAUAUUUUGUUUGAUACAGGUUCUGUUCUCGAUAAAUGAUUUUUUAAUUUUGCACAAGAUGAGGGUAAACCUUAGUACUCAAUGUAACAUUGUACUUUAGUGAAAAAACUAUAAUGGAAGGAACCAAUAAAAAAAAAUCGUCCCUGUAAACUUCUACGUCCUUCUGUAUUGUAUCAUUCCAAGAAGAGCUUCAAUAUUUUUUAAAAUGCCUUCUCUCUUCACCAAAAUUAUAAUGAUCACUUCCUCCUCAACAUU